AUGAAGCUCCUUGAAGCCAUCGCCUGCACCGCAGCGCUGUUGCCACUCGCUGCGGCGGACUGGCAAUUCAAAUCUCGAACCGACCUGGCCCCGCCUCGUCUGAACAUCACCAUCCCGGCCACAAAGGAUGUCGAGAAGGGUUACCUCUUCAUCGCGCCUUUCCCUGGUCAAUGGGCUGAACCACAGUUCCACGGUCCGCGCCAGGAAGCUCCGUACAUCGUUCGCGAUGACGGUGAGCUUGUCUGGUCGGGCUAUACCUACUUCUCUAUCUGGGCCACCAACUUCCAGAAGGCCAGAUGGAAUGGCGAGGAUGUCCUGUUCAGCUUCGAGGGUGAUCAUAACCCGGCCUAUGGACAUGGUCAUGGUCAUGCUACCAUUCUGAAUCAGAACUAUGAGACUAUUCGGGAGCUCCGCGCUGGUAACCAUAAGCUUAUGGAUAAGCAUGAGUUCCAUGUCAUCGAUGAAAAGACUGCGUUGCUUCAGGUCUAUCAGCCUGUGCCAAAGGAUCUGUCUCUCUGGGGUGCUAGCCCUGAGCAGCAGUGGAUCGUUGACGCCAUUUUCCAGGAGUUGGAUAUUCAGACUGGGGAGCUGCUAUUUGAAUGGUCUAGUCUCGAGCAUGUCUCUCCCGAUGAGGCUGUCCUCCCCCUUAACCCUGGUCAAGCAGGUGGAGGCUACAACUCAUCCGACGCAUGGGACUACUUCCACAUCAACUCUGUGGACAAGGAUGCCGAAGGCAACUACCUAAUUUCCGCACGGGAUGCUUGUGCAGUCCACAAGAUUAACGGUACCACCGGUGAGAUCAUCUGGCGGCUGGGUGGUCUACGCUCGGACUUUAAGCUUGGUCCCAACGUCAAGUUCUGCUUCCAGCAUCACGCACGUUUCGUCGAACAGGGUGAUGAUGAAGAAAUCAUCUCUCUUUUCGACAACUCCGCUCAUGGAACAGAGAAUCACCGAGGCAAAGAGGUCCACACCCAUCCCUUCUCUCAGGGCAAGAUCAUUUCCGUCAACACUGCCACCUGGACUGCAGAGAUUGUGCAAGCCUUCCAACCUCCCGAUGGACUCCUCUCCAAGUCCCAAGGCAGCACCCAGCUCCUUCCUAAUGGCAAUGCCCUAGUAAACUGGGGGUCUGAGGGAGCUGUCACUGAGUUCCGGGCCGACGGUGCUCCGAUCUUCCACGCUUACAUGGACUCGGGACUGCUGGGCGAAGGUGUCCAGAACUAUCGGGCCUUCCGGUACAACUGGACUGGUCUGCCCACAGAAGAACCCGCUAUUGUGGCCGAGAAGACCUCCUCAGGUACCCAAGUCUUUGUGUCGUGGAACGGUGAUACCGAGACGGCAGUUUGGCGAUUCUAUGCCGUCACGGAUCGAUCUGGGUCCCGGGAAUUCUUGGGCGAGGCUACGCGGAAUGGGUUCGAAACGUCUUUCUUGCUACCUGGUCACUCUUAUCAACGCCUGGCGGCUGAGGCUGUCACUGCUCGUGGUCGUGUCUUGACUACCACUCGGGUUGCUCAUAUUCAGGAUGCGAUUGUCCCUCCUGGUUCUGUGAUUGCGGGAUCUGAAGACCGUAGCUUUUGGAGACAGUUGAUCUUGCAGGCAUAG